AGUCUUGGACUUUUCAGCUCACCUUCUUCAAUCAAACACAACCCAACACAGCCCCCUUUCUUUUUUCUUUUUUCUUUUUUCGACUAUUUAUUUUUCAAAAAAAAAAAUACUCUCUUUUUUUUUUUUUAAUUUUAAAAAAAUUUAUUCUUUUUUUGCCCUUCUUCUCCUCCUCCUUCUUCUUCUUCUUCUAUGGAUCCUAAAACCUCAUCAACAACAAAGCAGCCCCAAGAAGAAGUGGUACCCAACUUUUUUAAGCUCUCACAAGAAGAAGCAGCAGAAGAAGUUGCAAUCAUGGGUGAAAAUAAACCUGCUGAAAUCAAAGAUUUUCAAAUAGCAAUUGCAGAGAAAGAAGAAGGAAAAAAACAGUUAGCCCCCAAAAGAAGCUCCAACAAAGACCGUCACACCAAAGUUGAAGGCAGAGGCCGAAGAAUCCGUAUGCCAGCUCUAUGUGCUGCUAGGAUUUUUCAAUUGACUAGAGAAUUGGAUCAUAAAUCCGACGGCGAAACCAUCCAGUGGUUGCUACAGCAGGCGGAGCCGUCUAUAAUCGCCGCCACAGGCACCGGAACCAUUCCUGCUUCUGCUCUAGCCGCGGCAGCUGGUUCUGUUUCACAACAGGGUGCUUCUUUGUCGGCCGGAUUGCAUCAAAAGUUGGAGGAAUUAGGAGGUGGGGGGUCCAGUAGGGCCAAUUGGGGGCGACCCCAUUUGGCCGCCACUCCCACUGCCCUUUGGCCCUCAUCCGUCACUGGCUUUGGUUUUCAGUCUUCGACUGCCGCUGCUGCUGUUGCUGCUCAAUCAGCUACUAAUUUACCUAAUGAAACUUCAAAUUACUUUCACAAACUUGGUUUCCCACCUUUUGAUUUAACCCCCACCAACAUGGGUCCUAUGAGUUUCACCUCCAUUUUAGGUGCCAACACUCAACAAUUGCCUGGUUUGGAGCUUGGAUUGUCCCAAGAUGGUCAUAUCGGGGUCCUAAAUCCUCAAGCUCUUAACCAAAUUUACCAACAGAUGGGACAACCUAGAGUUCAUCAACAUCACCACCAGCAACCUCCUGCUAAGGAUGAUUCUCAAGAUUCAGCCUAGAAAAUGGAAGAAUAAGGAUUUUUCUUUUCUUUUCGUUUCUUUCUUUUCUUUUCUUUUCUUUUUUUUCUUUUUUUU